AUGGAUGCCUUCCAGAAUAAAAUAAAUCAGUAUUUAACAUAUAAUUUUAUAUAUAGGCAUGUGUUAGAAGCUGCUCGGAGACCAAUUGGGCUUGAUGAACGCCAAGUGGAUGCUGUGGCUGCUAGAAUUGAGCUAGAUCUGCGCAUCGGAGCAGCUUUCACGAGACUUCAAACGCUUCAGCUUCAGACACUGGGAGGGGCAUUGGCUGAAAGGACAAUCAGUUACGGGUCAUGUCAGUUUCCAACUCUGGGAUUUGUUGUGGAUAGGUAUAUGAGAGUUAAGAAUUUCAAACCAGAGGCCUUUUGGUCCAUCAAAGUUUCACAUACCCGUGAUGGUAUUACAGUGAACUUCAAUUGGCAACGUGGGCAUCUUUUUGACCGAGCCGCAGUGGUAGUCCUCUUUGAGCGAUGCCUGGCAGCCAAAACAGCCACUGUUACUAAAGUUAACAAAAAACCGACCAGCAAAUGGAGACCACUUCCUUUAACUACCGUUGACCUCCAAAUGAUGGGAAGUAAAUACUUGAGAAUUGAUAGUCAAGCAAUUAUGAAGUUCGAUAAUGAGAUUGACUUGAAAAAACUUGUCGAGAAACAAUAUCCAAGUGAAGCAUGGGGCGAAUACGCAAGAGGACUUAUAGGCGGUGGUUUCAAACAACCUCGUCGGGGUCGAAACAAUGAUAAAGCCCAUCCACCAAUUCACCCAGUGGUCUAUGUUUCUCCCACGGUACUCAACACCAAUGAGAAAAAAGUAUAUGAGUUUGUAACCCGGAGAUUUUUAGCCUGCUGCUCUGAGGAUGCGAAAGGCGAGUCGACGGACAUUGAAAUCCAAUAUGGGGAUGAAGAGUUUCAUACUCGGGGCCUCAUCGUCUUAGAACGAAACUAUCUGGAUGUUUAUGUGUAUGACAAAUGGGAGAGCAGCCAACCGCUACCGAAUUUUGUUCUGAACGAAUCCUUUGAGCCAAAAGAAGCGAAUAUUACAGAAGGGAAAACGGUUGCUCCCGGAUAUCUUACCGAGCCGGAACUCAUUGGGCUCAUGGAUGCGAAUGGAAUUGGUACCGACGCUACUAUGGCUGAGCAUAUAUCCAAAAUCAAGGCCAGAGAGUAUGUUGCAACUCGCCCUCGCGGUGGUGGCAGAGGAUCUGGCGGUAGGGUAGAUGAAUUUAUCCCUACGAAGCUUGGGGUUGCUCUUGUCGAAGGAUAUGACAAUGUGGUUGCUGGCUUGCCUGAUUGCCCUAGCCUCACGAAGCCAUUCCUUCGAAAAGAAAUGGAACUGCGAAUGGGAGAUAUAUGUUCUGGGACCAAGACGAAAGCGGAGGUAGUAAGACAGAACGUUGAUAUGUACAGCGAAGUAUUCACCCAUACGCAACAGCGCAUUGAGUUGCUUAAGGUGGCAUGUAGGAAAUAUGUUUUUGAUUCUGAAAACUAG